GGCGCACCGGGCAUGCUCAGUGGCACGGCCGGCUGGGUGGCCCGCGAGCUGCACCCGGAUCUGCGCGGCGGCGGCGGCGACGUGAGCGCGCAGGGGGGCGGCGGCCUCGCCUCGUCUGAGUGUCGGCGCCGGGCUCGGGUGGGGGACGCGCAGGGCCGGGGCGAUGUCGGAUUUUGACAGCAACCCGUUUGCGGAUCCGGAUCUCAACAACCCGUUCAAGGACCCAUCUGUUACACAGGUGACAAGAAAUGUGCCGCCUGGACUUGAUGAAUAUAAUCCUUUCUCAGAUUCUAGAACGCCUCCACCAGGCAGUGUGAAAAUGCCUAACGUACCCAACACCCAGCCAGCAAUAAUGAAGCCGACAGAGGAACAUCCAGCUUACACACAGAUCACAAAGGAACAUGCCUUGGCUCAAGCUGAACUUCUCAAGCGCCAAGAAGAGCUAGAGAGAAAAGCUGCAGAGUUAGACCGUCGGGAACGAGAGAUGCAGAACCUGAGCCAGCAUGGGAGAAAAAAUAAUUGGCCACCUCUUCCUAGCAAUUUUCCCGUGGGACCUUGUUUCUAUCAAGAUUUUUCUGUAGACAUUCCUGUAGAAUUCCAAAAGACAGUAAAGCUUAUGUACUACUUAUGGAUGUUCCAUGCUGUCACCCUGUUUCUGAAUAUCUUCGGAUGCUUGGCAUGGUUUUGUGUUGAUUCUUCAAGAGCAGUUGACUUUGGACUGAGUAUCCUGUGGUUCUUGCUUUUUACUCCUUGUUCAUUUGUCUGUUGGUACAGACCGCUCUAUGGAGCUUUCAGGAGUGACAGUUCCUUCAGGUUCUUUGUGUUCUUCUUCGUCUAUAUUUGUCAGUUUGCUGUCCAUGUGCUCCAGGCUGCAGGAUUUCAUAACUGGGGAAACUGUGGCUGGAUUUCAUCCCUUACUGGUCUCAAUAAGAACAUUCCAGUUGGAAUCAUGAUGAUAAUCAUCGCCGCACUUUUCACAGCUUCCGCAGUCAUCUCACUCGUCAUGUUUAAAAAAGUACAUGGACUGUAUCGCACAACAGGUGCUAGCUUUGAGAAGGCCCAGCAAGAGUUUGCAACAGGAGUGAUGUCCAAUAAGACUGUUCAGACAGCGGCUGCAAAUGCAGCCUCAACUGCAGCAACCAGUGCGGCACAGAAUGCCUUCAAGGGUAACCAGAUGUAGAGAGCCUCGCAGAAGUACACUGUUAACCUUUUGACUGUGUUUUUUUCUCCAGUUCCUGUAUUCUACAGAUAUUUUUAUGUUGGCAACACACAAUACACAAAGCAUGGGUAUUUCCUGUUCACAAUGCAUGGUCUUAAAACAAGAGAAACUUCCUCAUCUUGUUACUUUCCCUGAUAGUUUCUUAAUACCUCCACGCCCCUCACAGAAGAAAACCAUCAUCUGCUAAAUAAAUAUUCUCCAUAUUUUUGGGGGAUGGUGUUCCUCAGAUUAUUUCAGUGGUGACACACUGAAAUGAGUAUGUGACUUAAGGUUUAAAAAGCACUAACCACAGUAGUUCUUCCAAGAGGCAGCAGAGGUACGGAUUGUACAUUGGAGAGGAAACCAUGUUUGUUUCUUUUUUUUCCUCUAUUAGUAUUGAAGGAACAAGGCCAGCAAAAGCUUGGUUGUUUUUAAAUUGGCUUGCUUUAUAUGAGGUUCAGUCAGCAGUGCAGAGCUGCGUGCUUUGUAGUGAUAAUGUAUAUUUUACCUUCUUUAUGUUAUUUUUAGACUACUUGUAUUUUGAUAACAAUCUCUGAUCUUGCAUGGGCACCAUGUCUUAUGUGAAGCGAAUUAGUAUUUUGGGUUCUGUACUGCUUAUAGAUGUAGGAGCUGGGGCUCUUUAUAGAAUCAGAAAUGAUUUUAUGUACUAGUUUCUUUUAAGUAAAAAUGUACUGGACUAUAAAGACUUUAGUAUGAUGUGCAGUGCAUUAUCCAGAAGAGAGGAGGUGAACCGAGGCAACAGAGAUAGUGAUAGUUACUUUCCCUCUUAGCUUUCAGCAUUCAUAUAGUAAAAUCUUACUGUAUGGAAACUUUGCUAUAUUCUUCUGGCUAAUGUUUUUAAUUGAACUGGGAUUGUGUUUGGCAGCUCUGUGUGUGCGCACGUGUGUGUGUGUGUGUGUGUGUGUGUGUGUGAUUUUGACACAGGUAUUAAAGGCUAGCCUAACCCUUGAAUAAAAAGAACAUACAGUAUUUAAGGGAUCUCUCUUUUAGUUGCAUUUCUAAUGUACUUGAUUUCUUAAUGUACCUGUCUUUUACUUUUUGAGACAGAGUAAAUACAUGUGCAACAUUGCACCACGCCAGAAAGUAAACGUACAGUUAAAUGUUAAUUUUUAAUAGAAUCAAAUCGACAUUGUUACGAUGCAGCACAAAUGGAGGUGGGUUUGGACUUUAAUCAUUUUUAGUAACUAGUAGACAUCUUGAGAACAUUUGUAAGUCGAGACCUCGCAAGGCUCAGACUUCCCUGGGCUUACUGGGAAUCAGGGUGGGCUGCUGAGACAGGGGAGCUUUGACAACAAGCUGACAUGGUUGAUGCUUUGUUCUUUUCCCUAGAGCUGGAGUCGGAGGGAGCCUCCUGCAGGGUUAGGGUGCAGCUCUUGGGCUUCAUGGAAGUCUGUGGGCACCAGAUCACAUACCUGCCCACGCAGGGCCACACUAGGUCUGCUUGGGAAUUUACUGAGUAUAUUAGUUCAAAGAUGUUCCUUUUAAUCAGAAUAAAGUGGAAUUCAGAAUGUGAACUUGGAGCUAUUUUUUGAAUAUUUUUGAUUAGUGAUGGCCUCUCCUCCGGUCUCAGCUGCUCAGUUGUUGCUGCUGAGAGCCUGAGGUCGCAGUGGAACCUGCUGGAGCCUGACUUUACUGAAUAUGGAUUUUACAGACUGAAAUCACUAAGACUACACAAGUGCACAUAAAUACCAAGUGCUUAUAUUCCAAAUCCAUGUUUAUUUUUAUCUAAAGUAUAAAUAAAAGACACAUCAGAGAUUUAAAAAGUACUAAUAUACUUUUCUUCAAAAAUUGGAAUGUUCCCUUUGAGUUCCCCAAAGGUAGCAUUAUUAAAUGGCAAAGAAUAGUUAUGACUCACAUUAUGUUUUUUUAUAUGAACAAGGACAAUGCUGUUUUCAAUUCAGUUGUUUGGGUUCAUACAAGUUUGAAAGAGAUUAUGUUGUUUGAAAACACAAAGAAGCAUUAAAAUGAUGGUAGUGUCUGUGGCUGGUUUAGGUGUGGGAGUAUCUUGGAAUUCUUGAUCUACUGUCCACUCAACAGCAGUCGGUCAGUAGUGCAUUUCCGUUUGGUGAAAGAUGGCUAGUGUUUUCUAUUUAAUACCAAUGUUACCGGGCUCCACAGCCAUGAAAUGAGCUUCAUGUAGAACAGGCAUCCAUUUUUAGUUUGCGAUAUUAAGUGGUGGCUAUUUUAUUGAGACUAGGGUCUGAUCACUGGAAAAUCAUUGCUUGGUGAUAUGUGAUUUGGGGCUUGGUUUAUUUCUUUAGGGAUGUUUGUAUAUUUUGUUGGUACGUGUAAUACUGCGCUUGCCCUCACGGCAACGUCAUGGUUCUAUGUAAAUGCCCUCCAGGUGUCCCUCUCACGUUGCAUGUUUUCAGUGGUUUGGAAGUUUUGUAUAUUUAUUGUAUUAAUGCAGAGUGUCAUAAAAUAAAAUAAUGUUUACUGGA